AUGGCUGAAGGCAUCGACCGCAAGGCGGAUGAGCGGAUGGAGUUCUCCACCUCAAAGGAGGUGACAGUCCAUCCGACCUUCGAAUCCAUGUCACUGAAAGACAAUCUCAUUCGUGGUGUCUACGGCUACGGCUACGAGACGCCUUCUGCUGUGCAGUCCCGGGCCAUUGUGCAAAUCUGCAAGGGACGCGAUACCAUCGCACAAGCCCAGUCGGGUACCGGCAAGACGGCAACCUUUUCCAUCAGCAUGCUGCAGGUCAUCGACACGGCUGUGCGCGAGACGCAGGCCUUGGUGCUAUCGCCUACUCGCGAGCUGGCGACUCAGAUCCAGUCCGUCGUCAUGGCACUGGGAGAGUACAUGAACGUUCAAUGCCACGCGUGCAUAGGAGGCACCAACGUGGGCGAGGACAUUCGCAAGCUCGACUACGGGCAGCACAUUGUGUCUGGCACGCCUGGUCGUGUCGCUGAUAUGAUCAGGCGACGCCACCUGCGGACCAGACACAUCAAGAUGCUUGUGCUGGACGAGGCCGACGAGCUGCUCAACAAGGGAUUCCGCGAGCAAAUCUAUGACGUCUAUCGCUACCUCCCACCCGCGACCCAGGUGGUGGUCGUCAGCGCCACUCUGCCCUACGACGUGCUCGACAUGACGACAAAGUUCAUGACCGACCCGGUGCGCAUCCUCGUCAAGCGUGACGAGCUGACCCUCGAAGGCCUGAAGCAGUACUUUAUUGCUGUGGAGAGGGAAGACUGGAAGUUUGACACGCUCUGUGACCUAUACGAUACCCUGACCAUCACGCAAGCCGUCAUUUUCUGCAACACGCGUCGCAAGGUGGACUGGCUCACGGACAAGAUGCGUGAGGCCAACUUCACCGUCAGCAGCAUGCACGGCGAUAUGCCGCAGAAGGAGCGAGAUAGCAUCAUGCACGACUUCCGACAGGGUAACAGCCGCGUUCUGAUUUCGACUGAUGUCUGGGCUCGCGGCAUCGAUGUGCAGCAAGUCAGCCUGGUCAUCAACUACGACUUGCCCAGCAACCGAGAAAACUACAUCCACCGCAUCGGUAGAAGCGGGCGCUUUGGCCGCAAGGGUGUUGCAAUCAACUUUGUCACCAGCGAGGACGUGCGCAUUUUGCGAGAUAUCGAACUAUACUAUUCGACUCAGAUUGAUGAAAUGCCUAUGAAUGUCGCCGAUCUUAUCGCUUAG